AUGGCAGAGUACGAUGACGAAACUUUGCUCGCUCAAUUACGCGACAUGCUUCGUAAUCAACCCAGAGGACCCCGUCACAAGCAAGAUGAGUUCAAAAUUAACGAACUCCCGGAGUUUACAGGGGGUACAAAUCCAGAGGAGUAUUUGGAGUGGGAACGGAAAAUUGAACGUAUGUUCGAUUUCAAGGAUCUCAAUGACGAAAAACGGUGCAAAUACGCAAUCUUGAAAUUGGGUAAAGGAGCAUCGCUAUGGUUCGAUGGGUUGAAGACCAAACGAACACGGGCUGGGAAGGACAAAAUUGCAUCUUGGGAAUCACUGAAACGCAAACUUCGUAAACGGUAUGUACCAUCGACCCAUAGAAUUACCACCUACCGUAAAAUUGCGGAACUUAGACAGGGGAAAUUGAGUGUGGGGGAAUAUAUCGACGAAUUUGAGAACUUGUCUUUGAUGGGUGGAUUGGAGGAGAUAGAGGAACAAAAAAUGGCUAGGUUUUUAAGGGGAUUGAAUUUUAAUAUUGCAAGCAUUGUUGAGUUAUACCCUUAUUCGGAUUUUGACGGACUCUGUGGGCUCUGUUUGAAACUCGAGAACCAAGGAAAGUCGAAAUACGGGGCUGGGUCUAGCACAGAAUCCAAAGCUAGGAGUUGGACCAAACCCGAAACACCUUUUAAAACUCCUGUUCCCAAUAACAAUCACACCCUGACCCCUGGUUCUAGUAACUCCCCUGCCACAAAACCAUCUAGCACGACCAAGGAGACUAGUUUGUCGAAAGUACGAUGUUUCAAAUGCCAGGGGUUCGGACAUUAUCAAAGUUCCUGCCCGAACAAACGUGUGGUGACAUUGAGGGAGGCGGUAGCCUUUCGGGAUGAACUGACCGAGGAAGAAGAAAGGUUGAGUGGUGUGUUCAAUUUUGAUGGGGCUGAGGAAGAAGAGGAGGAGGAAGAGGGGUACGAAGCUCCUAAUUUUGACACAUUAUUGGUUCUUCGAUCUUUACGGGACCAAGCCGAGUCGAUUAAUCCGGAUCAAAGAGAGCAGUUGUUCCAUACUAAAUGUCGAGUCAAUGACAAAUGGUGUAGCGUAAUUAUCGACGGUGGGAGUUGUACUAAUGUGGCUUCGGAAGAGAUGGUUUCCAAAUUGGGUCUAGCAACUACCGCGCAUCCUAAUCCUUAUGCACUUCAUUGGUUGAACGAUGGAAAUAAAGUGAAGGUUACAAGGCAGGCUCGAGUUGGUUUAGCGUUGGGUUCUUAUGUCGAUGAGGUGCUUUGCGACGUAAUCCCUAUGGACGCUUGUCAUGUACUUUUGGGGCGUCCUUGGCAGUUCGAUAGAGAUGUCGUACAUCGAGGGAGGAGCAAUGAGUACGAGUUGAGGGACAAAGGAAAAAAAAUCGUAUUAAAACCCAUGUCUUCUCAAGCUAUUCGGUCUAUGAGCACCAAGAAGAAGAAGGCUGCUUUGUUGGUUAAGGAGCGUGAAAUCGAGCAGGCCAUUGUUCGUGGGGAGCGUGUUUAUCUUCUCUUGGCUAAGGAGGAGUCAGGUUCGGGUAAGGAGUUGUCAGAGGACAGUCCCGUUGCAGGGCUGUUGCGUGAAUUCGACGAUGUUUUUCCUGACGAUUUACCGCCAGGAACUUCAAAGGCAGAUUGA